AUCGACCAAUCAGCUAUCAGUAUUUUUGGAUCUUUGAUGUACAAUCGCGAUCUGCGAUUGGUUGAGGAAAAUUAAUUUGACCAAUCUUGACGCCCUAUGGGUAACCCGGCCACGUGACCGGCUCUAUGAGACAAAAGACGCCUAGAAGUCGAACAGUUUGAAUUUGAGUAUCGUGGGAGAAUGUUGAUGCGAUGAGUGGUGUAAAUUACGCGAGUGAAAAAGUUAUUUGUGCCGUAAUUAUAGUGAAACUGGAUUACUACGACACGCCUGGAUGAGCAUAAUGGAACUGUCGCGAUAAUCUGUGGAUGCCUUACCUGCAUGGGUGCAGAUGUCAGCGUGUACAUACAACAACGUGGGUCAUGACAGCAAGGUUCAAACAUUGCUGUACCUGUUUAUCUGCGAUGAGGCUGUGGAAAGUACAAUAAAGUAUAAGAAUAAUGGAUUGAAUCGUAAGGGUGAGAAUAUGUUUGAAGGAGAAGGGAAAAGUGCAGAGGCUUCUAGUGACUUUUCACGGGAAACAAUUGUCUUGCCUGGGGGGAUUUGGCGGUUGCCCCAAGAUGGCGGACACGGUUGGCGUGCGACAAGCACGAGCUGAAAAGUGCCGAGAACGCGAGAAAUUGACGAUUCUGUGUUAAAUCGGUUACGUGAGUUUCAUUCGUGGACAGCUGAAGGAUCGUCGAGGAAAAAAAACAAGCUCGGAUAAUAUAGUCAAAGUAGAAGCUGUGGUCGCAGGAGGCACGAAAUGAGUCGAGCAGAAAUCAAGUCCAUUUGUAUCCCGCUUGGAAAACCGUGGAACGGCGUGAACGUUAACCAGUUUUCGUUACACUUUUCUCAAACUUUGUUCCCUCAUCUCUGAGGAACCGUGUCUCUUAUAAUAUUCCACACGAUUGUACAGUGCGAACCAGGUGUAAAUUAGAUAAAAUACGUAGCCUUGAGAUACACUGAAGGUGGUAACGAAGAAAUCAAAUCAAGACCAAAGAUCAAAACCGAAGAGAGAAACAAAAAAAGAAGUUGGAAGUGAUUUUCUAUCCGAUCCUCGAGAAGAUAAUUUCCAAGAAAUUGAUCGUUGCAAUCGAAGAAAAAAAGAAAGCAUUAUUUUGUUUGGAAUAAAAGGAAGAAAAAAAAUAAAACCAGGAAGAUAGAAGAUAAAAUGAGCACAAUGACCGGCACCCAGUGUACGUCUGUGAAGGAGUUCUACAGGGACAGGUCUAUCUUCAUCACCGGGGGUACUGGCUUCAUGGGCAAAGUACUCGUCGAAAAGUUACUCAGAUCUUGUCCAGGGAUAAAAAAUAUUUAUUUGUUAAUGAGACCCAAGAGGGGACAGGAUGUCCAACAGAGGUUGAAACAACUAUUGGAUGGACCGCUGUUCGAGAAGUUGCGACAAGAUUACCCGCAAGAGCUAUCGAAAGUGAUUCCUGUGGCUGGAGACAUAACGGAACACGAAUUAGGUAUCUCGGAAGCUGAUCAAGCUGUAUUAAUAAAAAAUGUGUCGAUCGUUUUUCAUUCCGCUGCUACUGUAAAAUUCGACGAGGCGUUGAAGCUUUCUGUGACCAUCAACAUGGUCGGCACCAAACAGCUCUUGAAUUUGUGUCAUCGCAUGUGUAAUUUGGAGGCUCUGAUCCAUGUGUCGACGGCGUAUUGUAAUUGCGACCGCAAGGACGUCGCCGAAGAGAUUUAUCCGCUUGAAGCUGAACCUGAACAUGUGAUCGCAUUGACGAAGAUCAUGGAUACAAAGAUGGUUGACGAUAUAACACCGGCUUUGAUUGGUAACCGACCGAACACCUAUACAUUCACCAAAGCCCUGACCGAAAGGAUAUUGCAAUUGGAGUCUGGUUAUUUACCAGUAGCGAUCGUUAGACCUUCUAUCGUUUUGUCGUCACUUAGAGAACCGGUAGCUGGUUGGGUGGACAACUGUAACGGACCUACCGGGCUCAUUGCUGCUGUUGGCAAGGGUGUCUUCAGAACAAUGCUGUGUCACGAGAACAUGAUCGCAGAUUUGGUGCCAGUUGAUAUAGUGAUAAAUCUGAUGAUUUGCGCGGCAUGGAGGACCGCGACGAAUCGCACGAAAACGAUUCCCGUGUAUAAUUGUUGUACAGGUCAACAGAACCCGAUCACUUGGAAGCAGUUCGUUGAUCUGAUGUUCAAGUACACCCGAAUGCAUCCACCGAACGGUGCUAUUUGGUAUCCGGGUGGUCGAUGCCGUAAUUCCGUUGUAAUGAACAAAAUGUGCUCCCUCUUCCAACACGUGAUACCGGCGCAUAUUUUAGACUUCCUGUAUCGGCUGAAAGGGAAACCGACCAUCAUGGUCGGCAUACAGGUAAAACUCCGUAAAGCUGCGAAAUGCUUGGAGUAUUUCAGCACACAACAGUGGAACUUCAGGGAUGACAAUGUUCGAAACUUAGGAGAACAGCUCAGCCCAGAGGACCGGCAAACGUUUAUGUUCGACGUCAGACAAAUUGAUUGGCCGUCGUAUUUAGAGCAUUAUAUAUUGGGAAUUCGGCACUUCAUUUUGAAAGAGAGUCCGGACACACUGCCAGCUGCUCGUUCACACAUCAAAAAAUUGUAUUGGUUUCACAAGGCUUUAGAAUUCGCGAUGCUGUUAGUGGUGCUGCGAUAUUUGUUGGUACGCAGCUCCGUUACCCGAACUGCUUGUUUCUCAUUGUUGUCAGUCGUGUUACGUAUGUGCCGUAUGAUUGUUUGACGGCUCAGAAGCUUGGCCGAGGAUCACGACAGGCGUAACAAGGAGCAGAAACUAAUCUCAAAGCAUAAUCUCAAGGUGCGGAUCGUUCUUCGACUUCACUGCUCGCCGUUCCCAACGAUAAAUUGCUACGACGUUCAAACAUCCCAUCGGUUGGCCUUUUUGAUGUUUCUAUUUGUUCAUAACUAUUAGCCUCCGCUAGAGAUAUAAUUCCGCAGGGAAGUGUAUCGUUUGUCGUUUAAACAUAUGCAAAUGCAAUUGAGACACACACACGUACACCCACCGUAUAUAUGCAUACACAGAACGUGUAUUAAAAGCUUCCAAGAAAAGAAAACAUGUACGUCGAGUCACUUUGUUAUAUUUACGAAAGUUAACCGAAAGAGGAUCCUUUCUUUGGGUAAUAUGCCGUCGUCUUCUUGUUCAACGUAACAGCAGUGAGAGGAAACGGAAGGAAAGUUCACGUUUAACAUCGCGUUUAUUAAUUAUGGGUAUAAUUUAAUUGUCAUUGUAAUUGACGAGUGUUUAAUCGAUGCCAAUCAAACGACAUCAGUUUCGUUAUUGAACAUCGACAUUUCGCAUAUCGUCGAUUUGUAAUAACGCGACGCUAGUGAUACCUUUGAGGUAUAGAUUUCCCUGACAUUCACCUUGGUGUUAAUUCACUGUAUAUCAUGGUGAUAUAUGGCGUCUAUUGAAAAAGAUACGACGCGUUAAACUCUAUGAGCCGGCAACUCGAAUUUUUUCAAUCUCAGUUUUAUCUCAUUUUUAUCUCGAAGACCAAGGAAAAUAGAAUGAUAACGUUUUACAAAUUAUAUAUAUAUAUAUAUAUAUGCAAAAUUAUUUGUGUUUUUAUAUGUUUGUAGCAAUUAAUCAACGGUGUCCCUACUUUGCGUUCUUCCUUCUUUAUUCAUUGAUCUGUUUAAGUAACGUUAAGGCUUCCAGUGAAUUUUCCCGGUGAAUUUGUAAUCGUCCAAGGUUCCAUCGUUGUCGAAUAACAAAAGCGAAGACAGGUUUAAUAUUAAUUGUAGAAAUAAAUAUCGAAGCGAUAGAUUAUUUAUACGGAUGUACUUUGACAUUGCCAAAAUCUUUUCACGCCUCCACAAUCUUUUAAUUCCUUUCUUCAUGAUUUCGACGACGUUCAAAGAUGAUGAAAAUCUUUUGCGUACAACGUCGUUUAAUCCUUUUGGAAGUAGAAUUCAGAAUGUUGAAGCGUUUUCGCUCUUAGAAGGCGAGCUUUAUCACUGGAAUUAAUGUAAUUAAUCGUAACGUACAACUGUAAUACGACAAAACAUAGGUGUAUACGUUAAAAGGAAUGAAAACCCAAAGGGUUGAACGUCGAUGUAACAUCGGAUCCUUUCGAGCCUUUUGAAAUAUUAACUUUCUUUUUCUCUUUUCCAAAGUUGUAACACAAUUUCCAUGUUGUACGCACAUAUACUUCUUUUUGACGUUCAAUGUAUCCUUUAUAUAGAGAAAAAGAUUAAAUUAACUGUGUUUAGAGGCUCGGAAGGUUCGAUUAGAAGAUUUAAAUGCCGGCUAGAGGAGUCAGAAAUUCGUCGUGCCUUUGUGUCGUUACUGUUUCACGUUUUCCGUUCGUUUGUACCAGAACGUAAGGUACAUAGAGGGAUAUUUAAUUACAUUCUAACGAGUACGCUCAAUUCAUUCGGUUUCACCAUCAACGAACCAAGUUUUAAUUGAGUUACGCGUUCAUUUACUUUGAACGAGACGUAAAUGUAAUUUAUUCGAAUUGGACAAUUGUUUGUAGCGAUUUAAUUGUUAUUUUUUAGUUUUGGAAAUGCGAGUAUUUAUAUAGAAAAAAGAUAGGAAAAAAUGGUUAUUAUAAAAAGUGCGUUUCUUAAAGUUUUUGUUAAAUUAAUUGUUUUCUUUUUUUUUAACGAUUAAACAGCAAAGAAUCAAUACAUUCUUGCGACCAUAUUAUAUCCUCUGAUAUUCCUUUUUAUUUCUUCGCCGGAUUACCUUUAACGCUUGCCAAUUUAAAGCUUGCCACUUGGAAAAUGUACGAAGCGUUUCAUUUCACCCUUAGGAGAAAUAAAAACACGAUUAUUAAACGGAUUUGUUCAUUCUGUUGUAAAUUGAUUCGUUUUUGGUGAAAUUGAACAUAAAUUUAAAAAAAAAAAGGAAUAUCUUGACCAAGCCGAGACAUCCAGUGUCAUGAGAAACGUGUGUUGCGGAUAAAAUUUGUCGUUAAAAGAAUCUCAAUCAACUCCAUAGAUCCCUGUGAAUUACGAAUUCGAGCAUGGAAGCCAACAUGGUAAAACAUAAAUGCAUCCGUUGCUUGUCGAAUUUUGCCAUCGGGUAGACAAAAGUGAUCGUAGCGAAAACCGAUAGAGACGAUUUACGAAAACGUUCGAGGUAAGGGUGCACGGAUACCCGUGACGCCCCUAAUUGAAACGUUCAUUGUAGGAGAGCUAGCCAAGGUACAAUCUCGUGCAAUUUAGGCUUCCCUCAGUUAAUUAUCCCAAGGUCCCUUUUAACUAAAGAGAAGUCUACGUUGCAUCCGGGUGUACAGAAAUCUCAUUUAGGUAUCUUCUAUGUAUUACGAGGCGUCGUAUUACUGACACUGAAAUUUUGAAGGCAUUGGCAACUUAUUCCCUUAUCUUCCGAUCAGGCUGUUCCGCACGUGUAUUAACAUUUUUAGUAGCAGUCGAUCGACUAAAGCGACUAGCAGACCGGUAAUUUAGAAUUGAUAGGCGAAAUGAGACGACAAAUUUGUAUAUACGAGUUAUUGAUAUUAACUAAAGAAGACGAUUUUAUAUAUACAUCUAAUAUAUAUAUAUAUAUAUACACAUAUAUACGUGAUAAAUCGUACAUGCGUUUCGUGAAAUCAUUUGUGUAUCAGAGAGUUUCUCGCGUGUCCCGCCAUCAUGUCUCUCCCUACAUGUACACUUAUGUAUAUGAUAUUUUAGCAUCCCAUGUACAGUACACAUUCCAAUGUUCAGUUUCAAAUGGAUGAAACACUUUGCGGAUCGACGGAUCAAAAUUUAGAUGCUCUUAUUGAUAAUUAUAUAAACACGUCUCCUAGAUGUUGGGAAUUAUCAAUAAUCAUUGAUUUUCAAAAAUUCUCUAAGAAAAUAAUUGUCGAGGUUUUUGAAACACCAAAGAAUUAAAUUCUACUUUUAAGGGUUGAUUGUAACGAUGAAUAGAUGCAAUAAAAAUAUACGGUUCCGUUUAAUGAUCGUAUACGAAUUCAGGUUAACGUUACACGCCCCUCCUUAAUAUCUAGGUUGAUAACUCGAGCAAAAGACAAUUGUGUCCACAAUCAGUACGAUCCGUGAGGUGUUUUUUUAUAAUCGACUAAAUCCAGCUGAAUUUUAUCAAUUCGACGAAUGUUAAAUAUCUAUAUAAUCGAGUAAACUUUGUUCGCGAUUAUUCGCGUCGAGUACCGUGAAAGGUCUUGUUAAUUAGUGCCCUAUUAUGGUACUUUAAUAGUAUAUACACUGCGGACCAUAAUUGGGACACUUGGAACUUCUAUAAAGAAUGCCUUUCACGAUGCUCGACAAGGAAUAAUCAAUGAAGGGGUUAGGUUAAACAGUAAUAGAAAAAACCCUUUGCUUUGAAGCCAUAAUUUGCAUGAAUCACGUAAGUUUGAUUAAUGUCACAUCCGUUGCCUGUGCCUUUAAGAUGAUUCAAAACCGUGACCUUGACUAUGAAUCAACCACGAAGAGCGCAGUAUCUCACGAUCCUUGAAUUAUCGUCUUAUUCAGUUGGAAACGGGCUUCCCUCGAAUGUUCAUUUUCAUCGUCUGAAACGCUGCCAAGAAAGACACUGGUAAGAAAACGUUGCAUGAAGAAAACACUGGGAUAAUUUAAUCGAACGUAAUUAGAGAUAUAAAAAGAAGAAAAAAAGAAAGAAUGGUAGCGCUAAUGAAGGUUCACCAUUCUGCUAGUCUCGUCUGUAUCGUUAUUCGGUUACACAAUGCAUACAAGGAAACAAUAUUUAAUAUAAUCGAUUUAAUUAAUAUUAUACUGUACUACUAUGAAUUACAUUAAAAAACAAUGAACCAUUGCAA